CACUGCAUAUCCACACCGCCGAGCUCUCCGCCCUUUCCUCGAACCCACCAACUCCACGCGAGCCCGACGACCCUACCCCGGUGCAGGAGCUCAUUGGCACGACCCUCGCUAGCAGACUAUACAGUUAUGUCUGCUUACCCCUCACAACACCGAGAUGGAAGGACCGAUGGAGUCGAAUGUGCCUCCAACAACCCGUAGGCGUCGGUGCGAACCACGCGUCCACGUCGACCUCACGGGAAGGGGAAGUUUCAAGAGGGGAAGACCUCGAGAAGGAGGCAGAGGAGUGGCGGCUUCAUCCCAAGUUUGAAAGGGAAGAAGUUACGGUCACCCGCCUGGAGGAGACCUUCUCCCUUAUUGGGAUGGUGAGCGCAUGGUUGGAGCUAGAUAGUCCAGAAUCUGGGAUCAGGUACGACUCUGAGCUGGCAUUGAGGCAAGAACUCGCAUACGCGACCUAUCUCGACGUACGCACCGUCGUACUUCCUCCCCCUCGGAACCGCGCACAUGCUGCCGACUACGCCCGUUCUAUCAACGCAAUACUGAACGACACCUUCGGGUCGUACAUGCAGAUCGCCAUCCGGAUACCAGUGAGCGAAGUCGAACGCGGCACGGGGUCACCAAGUGGGCUGCUCGCUGGGCGGGAGUGUGGGGGACUGAAGAGUCCUCAGAUUGUCCUCAGUCCCGGGUCCAUCGGAGGCGAGGAGGAGGAAGGGGGACUCGACAGCGCGUGGGAGAUGUGGGAUGUGAUCAGGACUGUAUGUGGCUAUAACGCUAGACUAUCUAUCGUGCUCGACCUCUCCCCGCCUUUCCCCCUUCGACCAGGGGCCAUGGAUCGUUGGUCAGCUGAACCCAUCCGUCACCUGUUCCUCCCCGCAACCUCCUUUAUCCCCAAUGCAAAAGGUUACCCGGUGCUAGCCAAAGCCACCCAAGUGUUCCUCAAAGAAGUGAUGCAAUUCCUCCCCAUCGUCAUUCUCAGCAAGACUCAGGCGAACCUGCACGGGGCGGGUGGCAGCAAGGGAUAUGCUGAGUACAUCCGCUUCCUGGAGAAGACGAGCAGGCCGCUGCAGGCUAUGCGUACCGAGGGUACGCUCGAGAGCUUUGCCAGCACGUAUAUGGAUCGCGUACAGGCGCCGCUCCAGCCGUUGAUGGAUAAUCUUCAGAGUUCAACGUACGCGAUCUUUGAGAGGGAUCCGGUCAAGUAUGAGCGGUACGAGGAGGCGGUGUUCCAGGCCCUACAGGCGAGGGGACAGAAGCCGACCGUGCUGUGCGUCGCUGGUGCAGGCCGAGGACCGCUCAUCGCCCGGACCUACAAGGCUAUUCAACGGUGCUCUCUCGGUCGCACCACCCUCUACGCCAUCGAGAAGAACCCAAACGCGCUCGUCACACUUCAGGAACGCAACACGCUGGAAUGGAACGGCGCCGUAACCCUCUUCUUUGGCGAUAUGCGCAGUGUCGAGCUGCCCGAGAAGAUCGAUAUCCUCAUUAGCGAGCUGCUUGGCUCGUUCGGGGAUAAUGAGCUCAGCCCGGAGUGUCUUGAUGGUGCUCAGCGGUUCUUGAAAGAGGACGGUAUCUCGAUCCCUUCCUUCUACACCGCACACGUCGCUCCCCUUUCCUCCUCUAAGUUGUACAACGAAGUGCUGCACCAGACUGUCGGCGACGAGACGAAGAAUGCGGAGACGCCGUACGUUGUCAUGUUCCAGGCAACGAACGUAUUGUCGGGCGAGGGAGGCGGCGUGAGGGGAAUCUGCGGGACAAAGGUCCAGGAGUGCUGGAGCUUCGAGCACCCCCGGAGAGAUCUGUUCGUCGACGCCAGAGGACUACCUUUCAGCAACACACACAAUACCCGCUCCGCACAUCUCACUUUUCAUAUCCCCCAUUCUGGCGUCUUGCAUGGUCUUGCUGGAUAUUUCGAAGCCCACCUCUAUGGCGACGUUUCCCUCAGCAUACACCCGGAGACCAAGGCCCAAAAAUCCAAUAACAUGCUCAGCUGGUUCCCUUUCUACUUCCCGCUGAAGGACCCAUUAUACCUCCCCGCAAAUGCCGAGCUCGACGUCCAUCUGUGGCGUAUGACCUCGCGCCAAAAAGUGUGGUAUGAGUGGUACGCUGAGUCGUUCCUCCCCGCACCCACCCCGACUACCUCCGUGAUGGGAUACAUUACACCGCAAACACCGAAUACACCCAGGCAGGGAUCCAUCACUCCCGUUCGACCGCCGAGACCCAGCCCGAUGCUUGAUGCCUCCCCUAGUGUGGAGGGCCCUGCCUCGUUCAUGGAUCUCGGUGGGGGGGGCGAACUGUCAAGGGUCAAAAUUGGCCAGACGAGCUUACACAAUCCUGGUGGGAGAAGCAGCUGGAUCGGGCUAUGAUGAUACACCAUCUUGGGUUGGUUGGACAAGCGCUUGUUUUUCUAGUUGAUCGCGCUCAGUCAGGAGCCGCAUUUCACAUUGGAUCGCUGAUCGUCGCAUUAUGUUAACCAGACGAAAGCCUAACUCCGAGGGAGAAUGGACUCUGGUUAGUAGGUGUUCAUGUACUUAUGCGUCCAUGUGAUGCCCUUUACUUCAAAAUGUCAGAUGCU